AUGGACGACACGGCACCAUCAUCUGCCAUGCCACGAUGGCAAAUUCAUUAUUGUCUGGUGCAAGUUCAAGAGUUCAGUAUGAUGGCCGAUGACCAGGACACGAGGCACAAGACAGGAUACACAACCAUUGAACACGCCAAAAACAGGGCACACCAGGUCGAGCCAGCAUCACCCCAGGCGAAGGCGGCGGCGGCGUCGACCACUGGACGUGGUGGAGUGGUAGACUUUGCCGCCGGGUCAUUUUCAUCCGGACUGACGGUCCUCAGCCACACCAGGUCUUGCCCCUCGUGCUGUUAUAUUCGCCGACAGCUUAUCGACCUGGGUCACCCCGAAAAGGAAUCUGUUUUGAUGGCACCAGCCACGCCCGCACAAGUAUUACCAAAGUCCAAAUAUCACCAAUCCGUUGUGUCUGCGGCUACGGAACGUUCAGUGCCUCCCGCGGCACCGCCUCUACGCGGUCCGUUGCCCCAUGCUGAUACAAGCCGUGGCUUGGACGAGGCGGGCAAGACAUUCAUUCACCCUAAUCAUGUGAUUCCUCCAAAGAAUUAUGCAGGGGUUGACAAUUUGGUCAUUGUGUGCUGCCAUGCCAUAUUCCAUCCGGACGUCGAUUCUUCCAGUUUCCCCCUGCACAGUCCCUACGACGAGCGCAAUUGGCACCUCGCUCCCUUCCAAAGAUCCAAUCCGGCGACACGGAAGCCAGGUGAACAUGAGACUUUCCUAUCUCAUAUCUCUGCAGGUUGCAGUGCCUUGACCACCGGGUCUUGGGCAACCAACAGUGUUCUCGUUUUCAGCGGUGGCGCUACCAAACAGAGUCUCACUUCCCUUACCGAGGCGCGCUCGUACUACAACGCUGCCCUGGCUCUAGAUCUCAGCCGGGGCUAUCAAUCUGGUUUCCCUACUAAGACUUUGUAUGAUGCUGGCCGGAUAUUGCUGGAGGAAAGUGCCACGGACUCUUACCAAAACCUACUAUUCAGUAUUUUACUUUUCCGGCAAACAGUUGGAUCAUACCCCAAAGACAUCCGUAUCAUCACGCAUGCAUUCAAAGCAAAGCGGUUUCUAGAAUUGCAUGCACCGGCAAUCUGUUGGCCUUCGGACUAUAUCAGGGUCCAGGGAAUUGACCCUGUGAUGUCUAGCGAAGAGCUUGUUGAUACUGUGCAAGGUGAGUCACGUUAUGGUCAAGACCCAUGGCGGGAAGAUCCACUGGGCACUGGCGAGAUACUGAGCCAGAAGCGGAAGGCUCGUGGAUGGGAAGACAAGACAGAUGCAGAGCUUGGGAAAGGCCUCGAAGACAGCAUCAGGCAAUUACUCAACGGCAAGGUUCACAAGAAUCUACCUUGGAGGGAUGCAGUGACUCCUUCUGUUGAAUGA